GUGGCAGCUAUAAAACGAAUAAGUCGACCGAGUGGCGCGAUUAGUAGUAGUUUAGAGCUUUUCUAGUGCAGAAAGUGAGUGAGUAAAUAAUUUGCGGUAGCCACGUGCGGACGUUGAUUUCUGACAGCAAGAUCUUAAUCGUGAAAACUAAACGAAGAAAUUCCAAAGGGAGCGAAUAAAAACCUGCUGCGACGCCCACCCGACCCCAGCUACUACUGUCAGAAGCAACAUUUCAUUCACACAUUUCCGUAGUCCGAAAGCACCCGCAUCCGCACCCACACCAGAUACGCCAUGCCAUCGCUAUCCGUGUCACUGCUACUGAUCGGUCUGGCGCUGACCGUCGUCACAAGCGCUCAAAAAUACACCGACAAAUUCGACAACAUCAACGUGGAUCAGGUGCUCGGUAACGACCGCAUCCUGAACAACUACCUCAAGUGCCUGCUGGAUAAAGGACCGUGCACCCAGGAGGGACGGGAGCUGAAGAAGCUGCUCCCCGAUGCACUGAAGUCGAACUGUGAAAAAUGUAGCGAACGACAAAAGACCAGCUCCCGCAAGGUGAUCAGCCAUCUGGAGACCAAGAAGCCGGCCGAGUGGAAAAAACUACUAGACAAGUACGACCCGCAGGGAAUCUACAAAAGCAAGUUCGAAAAGUUGAACAAAAGCGCUCAGUAGAUACGGUGUGUGUGUGUGUGUGUGUGUGUUCGCAACGAGAAUUUGAUUUCAAAUGUCGGGUAUUUCUGUUCGGAGAGGAAAGUUUCUGUACAAGCAAAGACAAAGUCGUGUAAUUUGUACUCACAAAUAAAUACGAUAUCGGUGGCCAUACAAACUA